AUGACUAUAUUUUAUGUUAGAAAGUAGCUAUCAGUUUUUCUUAAAAAUAGCAACAAGAUGACUUUUAUGUCUCCCUUGUUUUCUGUAGGAUAUGAUCAUCAUGACACCUAUAUUACUGAUUCUUUUGGGGGCCACUGAGAUGCUGCAAGCUGACUUACUUCCUGCUGAAAAGAUUUCACUUCUCCCACCUGUCAAUUUUACCAUUAAAGUUACUGGUUUGGCUCAAGUUCUUUUACACUGGGAACCAAAUCCUGAUCAAGAGCAAAGGAAUGUUAAUCUAGAAUAUCAAGUGAAAAUAAAUGCUCCAAAAGAAGAUGACUAUGAAACCAGAAUCACUGAAAGCAGCUGUGUAACCAUCCUCCACCAAGGCUUUUCAGCAAGUGUGCGGACCAUCCUGCAGAACGACCACUCAUUCCUGGCCAGCAGCUGGGUUUCUGCUGAAGUUCAUGCUCCACCAGGGUCUCCCGGAACCUCAGUUGUGAAUUUAACCUGCACCACAAACACUACAGCAGAUAAUUAUUCACAUUUAAGGCCAUACCAAGUUUCCCUUCACUGCACCUGGCUUGUUGGCACAGAUGCCCCUGAGGACACGCAGUAUUUUCUCUACUACAGGUAUGGUUCUUGGACUGAAGAAUGCAAAGAAUACAGCAAAGACAUAUUGGAGAGAAAUAUCGCAUGCUGGUUUCCCAGGACUUUCAUCCACAGCAGAGGGCGUGACUGGCUUGUGGUGCUUAUUAACGGCUCUAGCAAGCACACUGCCAUCAAGCCCUUUGAUCAGCUGUUUGCCCUUCACACCAUUGAUCAAAUAAAUCCUCCACUGAAUGUCACAGCAGAGAUUGAAGGAACUCGUCUCUUUAUCCAAUGGGAGAAACCAGUGUCUGCCUUUCCAAUCCAUUGCUUUGAUUAUGAAGUGAAAAUACACAAUACAAAGAAUGGAUAUUUACAGAUAGAAAAAAUGAUGACCAAUACAUUCAUCUCAAUAAUUGAUGAUCUUUCUAAGUACGAUGUUCAAGUGAGAGCAGCAGUGAGCUCCAUGUGCAGAGAGGCAGGGCUCUGGAGUGAGUGGAGCCAACCUAUUUAUGUGGGAAAUGAUGAACAGAAGCCCUUGAGAAAAUGGCUUCUCUUUGUAUUUAUGGCAACCAUCUGCUUGAUCUUGUUAAUUCUCUCGCUCAUCUGUAGAAUAUGUCAUUUAUGGACCAAGUUGUUUCCACCAAUUCCAGCACCAAAAAGUAAUAUCAAAGAUUUCUUUGUAACCCCUAACUAUGAGGUAAUGUGGAGAGUUCUUAUGAUAUUCCACGUGUCCAGGGUUGAGUCCCCUGGGAGCUGUCACUGGGUUCUUGGUUUUCUAUAUCAUAAGGGAGGAUUUUUACCCAGAAGGCCAAGAGUAUUUCUAUUGCUUCAGUCAUUCUGUUCUUUGGCUGAUUUGGUUUGUAUUUUUUAAGAGAUGGGGUCUUGCUAUGUUGCCCAGGCUGGUCUCAAACAACUAGGUCUAAGUGAUCCUCCCACCUCAGCCUCCCAAGUAGCUGGAACUACAGAAGUAUGCCAUCAUGCCUGCUUGGCUGAUAGUUUUAUUAUGCAUGUUCACUACUGUUUUGACAUAUUGGAAAGGUCCUACUCUCUUAUAAGUGUUCUUGCCAGUCAGACUGGGAUUUUAAUUUCCUAUCAGCCAUUCUUUAACUGACUUUGGACAAUCUCUUCAACCCUAUGAGUGCUGAAUUUCUUUCUGGUAUAAGGGACACAGAUGAGAUCUUACAAUGUUCUGCUUAGCUCUAAUGUUUUAAGACUCCAUGUUUCCACCUGAGUACCUUAGUUAAUAGAGAAUUUUCAGAGGGAAUUUGAGAGCUCUUUAGUAUAAACAAGACGAUAGAAAAGGCAAAUUAUUUUACCCAAUAUGUAUUUUCUUAGGCCUAUUCACCAUUGAGAGCACUUAGGCUCAGCCCAAUGGUCACUAACUUGUGGCUAUCAAUUGUUCCAGCAUCAUUUGUUGAAGUAAAUCAUCCUUUCCCCACUGAAUUAUCUUGGCAUUUCUGUUGGAAUUAGUUGCCGAAUAUAGGUGGCUCUAUUUCUGGACUAUCUGGUUUUCAUGACCUUUUUGUGUAUCUUUAUGCCAAUACAAUACUGUCCUGAUUGCCGUGGCUCUAUUGUAAACCAUGAGACCAGUUGGUAUAAGGCCUCCGAAAAUGAUUUUAAAAAAAAUUAUUUUGGUUAUUCUAGAUCCUCUGCAUUUUCAUAUACAUCUUAGAUUUAGUUGAUCAUUUUCUACAAGAAAAGGUAGCUGAGAUUUGGGGUGAGAUUGUGUUGAGCCAUAAGUUAAUUUGGGGAGAAGUGAUAUCUUAAUAUUAAGCCUUCUUAUCUAUAAAUGUAGCAUAUCACUCCAUUUAUUUAGGUUUUCUUUAACUUCUCUCAGCAAUGGUUUGUGAUUUUUCAGUGUAUGAUUACUGUGCUUUGACAAAUUUAUCCUUAAGGUGAAUGGUUAUUUAGAUCGGGGCUCAGCAAACUUUUUCUAUAAAGAGCCAGAUAGUACAUAUUUGAGGGACAAAUGGUUUCUGUCUCUUUAACUCUGCCAUUGUAGUGUGAAUGUGGCCCCAGAAAAUGUGCUAAUGAAUGAGUGUGGCUGUGCUCCAGGAAAACUUCAUUUACGAAAACAGGCAACAAGCCAGAUUUGGCCCACAGCUGUAGUUUACCAACCCCUGAUUUAGAUCAAACAAUUUUCUUAACUAAUUUAGUUUUCUCUCAAAUAAACUAACUCACGAUUGGAUGAACCACCUGGUGACUGGUUGUAGGGAAAAGAAAAGGUUGAUGGAAAAACUCACCAAAAUGAUUAAUUUCAACAAGUGGUGACCUUUCCUCAGCGUUUGCAGUUUGGGUGUUGGAAGGAUUUAUAGACAGUUACAAUUACUAGCUGAUUGCGUAGAGAAUGGAGGCUGGCAAAAGAAUCACUCUGCCGGUGGCUGGAUCCUUGUGUUCUCCUUUAUCAGGGGAAUGGCCCAUCUGCUCUCCUUUACCGAGUUCUUUCGGAGGAAGAGUGGGCCCCAAGGUAGAACUUGGUGCUGGUUCUGGAUGUGUGCUGCCAGUCCCGCCUUGGUCUAGAACACUCACCUCUGAGAAAACACAUCUGGUUUUGUUUGUUUGAGAUGGAGUCUCGCUUUGUCACCCAAGCUGGAGUGCAGUGGAGUGAUUUCUGCUCACUGCAACCUCCGCCUCGUGGGUUUAAGUGAUUCUCCUGCCUCAGCCUCCUAGGUAGCUGGGAUUACAGGUGUCUGCCAUCAUGCCCAGCUAAAUUUUGUAUUUUUAGUAGAGACAGGGUUAUGCCAGUCUAGUCUUGAACUCCUGACCUCAAGCAAUUCAGCCUCCCAAAGUGCUGGGAUUACAGGUGUGAUUCAUAGCACCCAGGCCACAUCUAGUUUAAGCAGCCAACUGAAGUUAUUUGUCCCAGCCUCUUAAUGGUGGUAUCUAAUUUCCCUACAGAGCCCUGAAAGAUUUCCUUUAAUAUCCUGAAGUUGGAGAAAUAAACUGGUUUAAGAGCUUAUUGAAUGAGGUUGUUAUUUGUUGUUAAUUAAAAUCAAGUCAUGUGUGUAAAAUAACAACUUGGGGCAGACAAGCUGGUUUCAGAAUAAUUGGAGGAUGAUUGUCAGCACCGAACAUCGCCUGGCUUCUCAGAACAACUUAUUCUCUUCUCACAUUGCAGAGUUUCACAUAAAAACAAAGCAGUUAGAGACUGAGUUUAGAAAGAGCACACAGAACUGAGGAAAUGAAGUCCUACCUGGUGCUGUAGGUGCUAUGGCCUAAAUUCUCCACCUGAGAGAGGAUAAGAGCAAGUGCAGAGCUGCCUACAGCCAGGCCCCAUGUGGCCGUGCACAGCCUCUACCUCCAAGGACAAAAGCCAUCUAACCCAUUCUCAGAGGCUGUGAUACAAGGAUGACAAGAGGGUAUGCUGGUGCUAUAGUCAGUGGCCACUGGGAAAUGUUUGGCUAGUGGGAAAGGAAACCCUUUGCUUUUCAAGGUAAUGUGCACCUUUGAGCUUGGGAUGGGUGCCCAAAGUCCCAGGACUUAGUGGAGCUCUGCCAUCCCAAAAGCAAGUUUUUGCUUGCUCAGACCUCAGUUAGAAAUUAUUUUGUAACAUUCAAACUAUAGUGAAGGGGCAGGCAUGGUGGCUCAUGCCUGUAAUCCCAGCACUUUGGGAGGCCAAGACAGAUAGAUCACUUGAGAUCACGAGUUCAAAACCAGCCUGGCCAGCAUGGCAAAACCCCAUCUCUACAAAAAAAUACAAAAAUUAGUCAGGUGUGGUGGUGCACACCUGUAGUCCCAGCUACUCGGGAGGCUGAGGUGGGAAGAUGGCUUGAGCCCAGGAGGCAGAGGUUGCAGUGAGCUGGGAUUGUGCCACUACACUGCCGCCUGGGUGAUGGAGCCAGAACUUGUCAAAAAAAAUAUUGUGAAGGAAGAAAGUGAAUUGGCCUUUAGCAGAAAAAAAAAAGCUUAUUCUAAAAAAUCAAAUCCUAGCUUUCUAAUAAUUUACUUAUUUAUACAUUUUGUGUAGAGACAAGUUCUCACCAGGCUGGUCUCCAACUCCUCUGCUCAAGCUAUGUGCCUGCUUCAGCCUCCAAAAGUGCUGGGAUUACAGGCAUGAGCCACACUGCCUGGACUGAGCUUUCAAUUUAUGAGACUGGUUUCCAGCUGUUCUUUGAUUCUACAGUGGCAACCAGAGAGGGUUCUUCCCCCAAUUAGGUUGCCUAUAAACUAUUAAAAGUAAAAUGGAUAAGGCAGGAGCCACGCCUGCUGUGUCCACCAGUGAAUUCCCAAGACACAGCACUGUGGUGAGUGUGGAACAGGUAGUAAAAAAAUAUGUUGGAUGAGUAAAUGAGGUAAAGGAAUAGGAUCUUUUACAGGCAAUUUUAUUUUUUGUUACCCAUUUUCCAAUUGUUAUCAGCAUUAUUCAUUAUUGCCAAAAUGGGUCAGAACUGUCCAGAGAUAGGGGGAUACUGUAGUAAACCAUGGAUGGAAUAUGAUGGAGCUACCAAAAGCGAUGUGGCUGAAGCACAUGUAACAAUGCGAUUUACAGUCAGUGACGUUAGAGAGAAAGAAAUCAAUGUAUAAAGAUGUGUAUCCAUAUGACUUCAAGUAAGUGUAAAGAAAACUUUAUGCCUAGAGAAAAAAGGCUGAGGAGAAGCAGUGGGCUAUGUGUUUGGGAGAGAGGUGCAUGGGGAGGCAUUUUCUUCUUCUUCUUCUUCAUUUUUCACAUCUUCUUCAAUGAACAUUUACUAUUUUUAUUUAAAAAAUAAUAGACUUAAGGCCGAUUGUAAAGAUUUCAAAGAACCCAAAAGUUAUCUAAAGGACGUCUAAGGAAAGAUGGUUUGUUUUGCAGAAAGCUGGGUCCACUGAGACAGAAACUGAAGUCAUCAUUUAUAUAGAGAACCCUGGAGUUGAGACCCUGGAGGAUUCUGUGUUUUGACUAGUCACUGUGGCAUCCUCUGAUGA